AUGAUAGUUACAGCUUUCUUGGGUUAUAAACAUAGCCCCAAAUGGUUUAAUAUAAAUAAUAAAGGAAAUACAAUAAAGUAUAACAAAGUAAAUAGUAAUAAACUGUUUAACAAAAGUAGAGUCAAAAGGGGAUAUUGUACAAGUUGUGAUUCAAAUAGUACUAAAGUUUCAGAAAGUUUAAGCACAGUAAUUAGUGAAUUAGGUUUAAACCCUAUAUAUUUAUAUGAAAAUUUAAACUUAGAAAAUACUAGAAAACAAGUAUUAAAAGACACAAGAGAUUUAAGUGGAAUAUAUAUGAUAGUUAAUAAAACAACUAAAGAUUAUUAUAUAGGUUCUGCAUCAACUAAUAGAUUUUAUGCUAGAUUUUGUAACCAUCUUAUCUAUUUUAGAGGUAGCAAAAUAGUUAAAUUAGCCGUUAAAAAGUAUGAUUUAAAAAAUUUUGCUUUCCUUAUACUAGAUUUAUAUCCUAAUGUUGUUACCCAAGGUAAUAAUAAGGAAUUAAUGGAUUUAGAAGAUAAAUAUUUAAAAUUAUUAGUGCCUAAUUACAAUAUUUUAACCGAAGCAGGUUCUAGUUUUGGUUACAAACACACUGAAGUAGAUCGAAAUAAGAUGAAAGAUAUUUAUAGUGACGCCAGACGGGAGAGAAUUGGUAAUCUAAAUAAGGGUAAAAAGCUUUCACCUGAAACAAUAGAAAGAAUCAGGGAAAAAGCUUUAAUUAGACCAGCCAUGUCUGAAGAAACUAAAAGUAAGUGUAUAACUAAUACAAGACCUGUUGUGUUGUAUAACUUAAAUAGAACUGUUUACGGAAAAUAUUCGACUAUUUUAGAAGCAGCUAAGGCCAUAAACUGUAGAGGUUUCUCUGUUAAUAACGCAACUUUAAACAGAUUCUUUGCUUUACACUUUGUAUUACCUUUCGUUUUAGCGGCUUUAGCCUUAAUGCAUUUAAUUGCACUUCACGAUAGUGCAGGUUCUGGUAACCCUUUAGGUAUAUCAGGUAACUAUGAUAGGUUAGCUUUUGCUCCUUAUUUCUUAUUUAAAGAUUUAAUAACUAUAUUUUUAUUUAUAAUAAUAUUAAGUAUAUUUGUAUUCUUUAUGCCUAACGUAUUAGGAGAUAGUGUUAUUGCUAUGUUAAGUGCUAUUUUAAUACUAUUAGCUAUGCCUUUUACUGAUUUAAGUAGAAGUAGAGGUAUACAAUUUAGACCUUUAAGUAAAAUAGCUUUCUAUAUCUUUAUUGCUAACUUCUUAAUAUUAAUGGUAUUAGGAGCUAAACACGUUGAGUCUCCAUAUAUAGAAUUUGGACAAAUAAGUACAGUUAUUUAUUUUGCCCAUUUCUUAAUUAUAGUGCCUUUUAUUAGUUUACUAGAAAAUAGUUUAGUAGAAUUAGCAGUAUUAACUAAAGAAAAGCCAAGUAGAUAA